CCGCCACGCAUGGGCAUUUUAUUGGGCUCGAAUAUUCUGAUUAGAAGUCAAGAUGAAACCGCUGAUUCUGGUAUUUGCGUCUGCUCUCGCUUUUGUUACUGUGAAUGGGAGAAACAUUUUUGAGGGCCCAGACGAUGGACCACUGAGCGAUGGUUUUGAAUGGCCUGUAGAUGACGACACGUCAUUCGUCGUUGAUGGUAGCAAAGUGCCGCUGGAAGAAAUCGACGACCUUUCAUAUCCUGAUGACAGCUUUGAGAAUGACCCGGAUGUAGCAUUUGGGGAUCUGAGAUUAGCAGACGACGAGUACGAUGGGGACUAUUCUCUGACGGGAUGUUCAAACGGGAAAUGCGAGGUUUGCUUCAAACUAGGGAAACUUAAAGGCUGCUUCAUAGCGGAAUUGACUUCGCAUGGCAUAGAGGUGGAGUUCAAGGCUGAAGGAAAGACCCUAUUUUCGCACACGAUCAAAAGUAACGUAAAGUUUACACUGAAGGUGAAGAAAAGCAAAUUUCCAAAAUGGCUGAGGAAAUUAAUGAAGAGUGACGUCGAAAUUAAGUUUUCCGGGCUGGACUUGGACAGGAAGAGGGUAUGCGUACAAAUACAAGUCCGGAUGAAGUGGAUAGGAACUCUGAAGUGGCCAAAGCGGUCUCCAGAGUGUUUUACACUAUAAACAGUUCCUAUUUCAAGUUUCUGUUUCAUUUCGAAACAGAAAUGUAAGCUACUGUUUCAUCUUUAUAAAUAUCUAUCGCCGUAUUUGUUAUUUACAUGUGUUAUUUUCUAUGUAAGGAAUCCAAGGGAAAUAGUUCGGAAAUUUCUCCUGUGUAUUAGACCUACUGCAUGGCAACUCCUUUUUUUGUUGGAAUUACUCGGCUGAGGUAAUUAUACUGCGUAUAUUAAAUGGGUCUCACAGGCCCCUUACUUAAUUUAUACACACAGCCUGAACAUUCGAAUUUCACUGUAUGAAAGCUAGAUGGACGAUAUUUUUAAAAGUUGUCAGGAAGUGAUAUGGUCAAAUCACGUUUUUUUUUUUUUAUCAACAGAAAUACUGUUAAUGUUAGGAAGUUUAUCUUAAAGCUUAGAACCACUUAGUUAAAUUGUCGCAACAUGUUGUAUUCGGCUUAUUCCUUACAUAUUUUCAUACGCCGUAUUAUAUUUACUUGUUUUUUUUUACUGUCAGUCCUAUAAUGCAUGUCUUCUCUAUACUGCAAUAUCUGUUGAAAUCGAAAGACUGAUAAGCCUGAUUAGGCUGGGUAUUGAUCUGAUCUUCUUAUUAUAUAAAUGAACUGUAUCUGUUUAUUUUGUACCGUUCUAUGAAUAAAUAAUACAUAUUCUCUA